GUCCCUCCGUCGCAAUUGCAAUGGCGCCGUCGUACCCCUUCUCGCCGCUCGCCCACGGCCCACUCCACACACCCGAGUGUCCCUUCGCCGAGUGCCGACCGAGGGUCUCCCCGUUGUCGCCGAUCCAGAGAGAGAGAGAGAGAGAGAGAGAGUUGUAGAGGCGGACAGGCGGCCCACGGCCAAGCCUGGGGGAGGACCUCCAUUGUUGCCGCAUUGGCGUAUUGUGUCUGGUUAUCAGACUGAGACGACAGCGUGUGCUUUCAUUUAUCAGGCUGACGCGAGGCACCGAGAGUCCGAGACCGCGCGAUGGUGGCGCAGGCAGACGCGGGGGAGACGGGUGGCGUAGGUGCCGAUGGACGCGGACGUCGUAACAGGGAGAGUGAGCGUGGGAAGGAGAGGUGGAGUGUACCCUGUGAUGCGCGUGCGGCGGUGCGGGUCUCACGGGGGAGGGGUUCUAAUUUGGGGUUGGGGCGAAGAUGGGGGGAUCUUGGUUGGUUGCGCAGUGUACCGCGGCGUAGAGGCGGAGGCGCAUCGGACGGAUGGACGCUGGAGGGCUCGGCUUCCUCGUCGCGGGCUCCCGGCGCGAGUUCGUCGUCCUCAACGUCGACGAUUUCUCCAAGCAAGGAUCUUCACAGGGCUGUCCAGACUAUAUUUGUCAGAUAUGUGGAGAUGACAUUGACAUACUCCAGGAAGAAAAUGAGUAUUUCGUCGCAUGUAAUGAUUGUGCUUUUCCUGUUUGCCGCACUUGCUAUGAGUACGAGCGUCAGGAGGGCACACAAGUAUGCCCUCGGUGCAAGACCCGGUACAAACGCCACAAAGGUAGUCCUCGAGUCCAUGGGGAUGAGGAAGAAGAAGGUUCUGAUGACAUUGAGAGUGAGUUUGCUUCCAGUAUAGCUGGACGAUCAAAUAUAGUGCAUCCAUACCGUGUCUCUGUGGCAGAAAGCUCCAUCAACUCAUGGGACAUUGAUAGUGUCAGUAUCACCAACAGUGGAGCUAGUGUCCAUUUUUAUGAAGAGCAUGUUGGAACUCCAACAAAUCAUCAUGCUCUUGUUGUUCACCCUAACACCGGAGAAAUUAUGCGAUAUAAUCCCUUGCAAACAAGACCAAUAAAUCCCAAUAGAGACCUAGCAUUGUAUGGCUAUGGAUCAGUUGCCUGGAAGAACAGAGUUGAGUGGAAAACAAAACAACAGAAUAAAAUGCAAAAGGUCUCAUCUGAUGGUGAAGGAUCUGAUUUAAAUGAUUUUGACAGCGACUGCGAUAUUCCCAGGUGUGCUGAAAGUAAGCAGCAACUAUCAAGGAAGGUGCCUAUUCCAUCUAGCAAAAUAAAUCCUUACAGGAUCGUAAUCAGUUUGCGGCUAGCCAUUCUUGGCUUAUUUUUCCACUAUCGGAUUCUGAAUCCUGUACAUGAUGCUCACUGGUUGUGGUUGACUUCAGUUAUUUGUGAAAUUUGGUUCGCCUUUUCAUGGAUUUUAGACCAAUUUCCCAAGUGGCACCCAAUACAGAGAGAAACAUACUUAGAUCGAUUAUCAUUAAGGUACGAGAAGGAAGGAAAACCACCAGAACUUGCUCGGAUCGAUGUAUUUGUCAGUACAGUUGAUCCAAUGAAGGAGCCUCCUUUAAUUAUUGCAAACACAGUUUUGUCCAUACUGGCUGUGGAUUAUCCUGUUGAUAAAGUUUGCUGCUAUGUGUCGGAUGAUGGUGCUGCAAUGCUUACUUUUGAAGCACUUACAGAAACAUGUCUAUUUGCACGAAAAUGGGUUCCCUUCUGUAAGAAACACAAAAUCGAGCCUCGGGCUCCUGAAUGGUAUUUUGCUCAGAAAAUUGACUAUCUAAGAGAAAAGGUUCACCCAGAGUUUGUUCGAGAACGACGUGCAAUGAAGAGAGAAUACGAAGAAUUUAAGGUUCGCAUAAACACAGUAGUUGCUAAUUCAUGCAAAGUUCCCGAGGGAGGAUGGUCCCUACCAGAAGGAGCUCCAUGGCAUGGAAAUAAUGUUCGAGACCAUGCCGGAAUGGUCCAGGUCAUCACUGGUAAUGAUUGUGUCAUGGAUGAUGCUGGAAAUAAGCUGCCUUGGUUGGUCUAUGUUUCACGUGAGAAAAGGCCUGGACAUGAUCAUCAUAAAAAAGCCGGUGCCUUGAAUGCAUUGCUGCGAACUUCAGCAAUUCUCUCCAACGCACCUUUUGUACUGAAUGUGGAUUGUGACCACUAUAUGAACAAUAGCAAAGCGCUACGGGAGGCAAUGUGUUUUCUGAUGGACCCAGUGUUGGGAGAGAAGAUUUGUUAUGUUCAAUUUCCGCAGAGAUUUGAUGGCAUUGAUCAACACGAUAGAUAUUCAAACCACAAUGUUGUGUUUUUUGAUAUUAACAUGAAAGGUCUUGAUGGGAUCCAAGGACCAAUAUAUGUUGGGACUGGUUGUGUUUUCAGAAGACAUGCUUUGUAUGGUUAUGAUGCCCCAACUGCAACAAAACCUCCUAGCAAGACAUGUAACUGCUGGCCAAAGUCAUGCUGCUUGUGUUGUGGAUCGAAAAGAAAAUGUUCCAAAGCUAAGAAAAAACAAGAACACCAAAAGAAAGUGAAAUGCAGGAAUGCGUCCAAGCAAGUGCAUGCUCUCGAAGUAGCUGGAAGAGAAACUGCACCUCCUGUGCCUCGAGAAAAGUUUGAGAAGAGAUUUGGGCAGUCAGAUGCAUUUUUGGCUUCAACAUUGCAAGAUAAUGGUGAAGGUUGUCACUUCGACAUGCUCAAAAGCCUUGAUGAUUGCAUCCAUGUGCUAAGUUGUGGGUACGAGAAUAAGACACAAUGGGGGAAAGAGGUUGGUUGGAUUUAUGGAUCUGUCACUGAGGAUAUCCUCACGGGCUUCAAGAUGCACUGCCAUGGUUGGCGAUCUGUGUACUGCAUGCCCAAGAGACCAGCAUUCAAAGGAUCUGCACCUAUCAAUCUCACUGAUCGUCUCCAUCAAGUUCUAAGAUGGGCACUUGGCUCUGUGGAGAUCUUCCUUAGCAAGCACUGCCCAAUAUGGUACGGGUAUCGAUGUGGUCUGAAACCAUUGGAGAGGUUGUCAUAUAUCAACUGUGUCAUCUAUCCAUGGACAUCAAUCCCGCUGCUAAUCUACUGCGCCCUGCCAGCGUUUUGCCUGUUAUCAGGGAAGUUUAUGGUGCCUGAGAUGAAUGUCUAUUCGAGCAUAUUGUUCAUAGCUCUAUUUGUCUCCAUAGCAGCUACCAGCAUCCUAGAGAUGCAGUGGGGAGGAGUCGGAAUCGACGAUUGGUGGAGAAACGAGCAGUUCUGGGUCAUUGGCGGUGUCUCCUCGCACCUCUUUGCGCUGUGCCAGGGGCUCCUCAAGGUUCUCGGUGGCGUGAGUACCAAGUUCAGGGUGACUCUGAAGGGAGGCGGCACGGACGAGUUCUCAGAGCUGUACGAGUUCAAGUGGACCUGGCUACUGGUCCCUCCGAUGACACUGCUCCUGCUAAACGUCGUCGCGGUCUUGGCCGGCGUGUCCAAGGCGGUGACGGACGGGUACGAAGCCUGGGGCCCGCUGCUCGGCAAGCUGUUCUUCUCCUUCUGGGUCGUCCUCCACCUCCACCCGUUCCUCAAGGGCGUGAUCGGCAGGCAGGACAGGGUGCCGACCGUUGUCGUUGUGCUGUCAAUGCUACUGGCAUCCAUACUCUCUCUGUUGUGGGUCCGGGUGAGCCCCUUCGCCACCAAGUUCGAUGGACCUGUUCUGGAGGUCUGUGGCUUGGAUUGUGAGUGAGGGAGGUAGGAGAAGAUACAGCUUCUUUGCUUAGGGAAUAGGUUUUGAGUUACCCCAGUGCUAGAGUAGUGAGAGGGUUCUAUUCUUUCGUUAGCUAUUCAACGUUUUCUAUCUGAUUAGCGUAGGUUUUAGUGAAGCGGUGUUUUAUGUUUAUGAGCAGGAGGGAAAUAGAGAAUGGAGAAGAUGGUAGUGCUGCUGCUGACUGUUGUAGAUAUUGAGACAGGCACAAUAGAGAAUAGAGUGACACUUGGUAUGGCCAUAAAUCGCUACUUUUUCCACUAGAGCGAAUAGCAUUCUCCGUGUACAUCUGUUGAGAGAACUGUGCUUUUUCA